AUGGGUGGAGGAGAGGAGCUGUUUCAGGGAUACAUCAGACGGUCGGCAGGGAUCACUUUAUCAGCAUGGAUCGCAUACCGUGUAUCAGGAGCACAGUCAGCACGGAUUGAACAGCACACCGCAAGUAGUUUCCAUUCACCAGAAGAUGGUAUCGCUCAGCGCGAAAGGGUGUGGAAAUCGGCGUUUAUCGUGGUUAGCCGGGGCCGGGGCCAGGAUUGCGCGGCUCAGGAAGGCGGCUCAGCGGCAUCUCCAUGUACCGAUUGCCGGACCUCGACUGGCAAGCAGAGCAGAGGAACAGCUGCCGGCUACUCGUCAGUCUGCGCAUAUUCCAUUGUUUAUUGA